UUAAAUUAAUUAACUUUAAUAGAAAUUAAGAAAACUUUUCAUAUAAUUUUUUUGUUUCCAUUUACCGAACAAUACAUUACAGCAUUUAACUGACAAGAUGUAUAACACUUGUCAACAAUUGUUUGUAUGUCAUUAUCAACGUGUCAUUUUACUUAUCAACGUGAAGUGGCCAGUUAAAUGUUAGGUAAAAGAGGUUCUAGAAUCUGUUCAAUGAGGUCUCAUUAACAGGGUGUUUUUACGUAGCAAAUUUGUUUUCCAAUUUUCUCCAAAAAACAUCAUACAACAUAGGUAUAUUUUUCAUACUUAAAUAUACUCCAGGAGCCAAGUACUAUCAGCUGUAAAAAUAUUGGUAGCUAAUUUGUUAGCAUCUUAUAUAAGAAAUACCCGUACACCUAUGUCUGUAAGUGGUGUUCUUGGCUUAUAUUUCAUGUGGUUAUUCAUCAUUUCAGUUUUGCAAUGGCUCCAAACGUGACCCACGACGAAGUUGAGGAAGAGCCAAGGGGCCUACCAAAGCUGGUUGCCCCACAGGCGGACUCCUAUCGGUUCCACGUUUCUUACUUUACCGUUCUGCUGUUCUUAUACUGGCACGUGGGUGCCCUCUACGGACUCUACCUCUGUUUCACAUCAGCUCGUUGGCAUACUAUCUUCUACGCUGCAAUCAUGACCGAGCUAUCAACGCUAGGAACUUUCUGUGGGGCUCAUCGUCUCUGGAGCCACAAGAGUUACAAAGCCAAGCUACCCCUCGAAAUAAUUUUGGUCAUCCUUCAAACGCUGGGUGGCCAGAACUCAGUUUAUACUUGGGUUCGGGACCACCGCAUGCACCACCGCUAUAGUGACACGGAUGGCGACCCACAUAAUGCUACCAGGGGAUUUUUUUACUCACACAUCGGGCACGCGUUUGUGCAUAAACACCCUGAAGUUAAAAGGCGAGGAAAAGAUAUAGACAUGUCUGAUAUAUUGAACAAUCCUGUUUUGGCAUUUCAAAGAAGGUAUGCGUUACCAAUAUUUAUUUUGAUAGGCUACAUAAUACCAACUACCAUUCCCUUGUAUUUCUGGAAAGAAUCCUUUAAUAUCGCCUUCCAUGCAAAUAUUUUGCGGUUCGUUUUUAGCUUGAAUUACACGUGUCUAAUAAACAGCGCGGCUCACAUGUUUGGGAACAGACCUUACGACAAAAAGGUCAUGGCCACGGAGAACCUGUCUGUAAUGUUAGUGACUCUUGGCGAAGGUUCUCAUAACUACCACCACGUGUUUCCCUGGGAUUAUAGAGCAGCAGAGUUGGGAAGUUGGCUUAAUUUUUCGAAGACCUUCAUUGAUUUCUUCGCUUGGAUGGGUUGGGCGUAUGAUUUGAAGAUAGUCGAUCAGAAAUCGGUCACUGAUAGGGUUAAGAGAACUGGAGAUGAAACUUAUUUUGAAAUGUAAUGUUAUAAUAUAAUAACUGUUAUUAGUGACCUUGGUGGCACGGUAAAUUAAACCCUUAGUAAUAAAUAAAAGAUCGAUAAUCAGACAAUAUUAUAUCACUAUUUUGAAAUAUAAUUAUUAAACAUAUAAAAAAUGUUUUUUUUUUCUUUUAUAAGAAAUCGGUGGCAAACCAGCUACAGUUCACCUGACAUUAAGAGGUUACCGUAGUAAAUAAAUAAAAUAAAUUAUCAUUUAUUUCAGAUCUUUACAAUCCAUAGAUUGUGUUAGUUUAUCUAAGCUACGUACCUAAUAACUAGUGUUAGUAUUUACUAAUUACAACUAAACUAAACUAAAAAGUAGGGUAGUAGUAGUAGUUUGCUCACGUCAUGCUCUCCAGUAACCCCAGAUUGCGUUUUGGCAUGUUUUAUUCUAUGAGGAUUUAGUACACAAUUGGUACUGAAUUUGUUCUUACCUGAAAAAAUUUGUACCCCUGUAGUUUGGGAGUACAAGCCAGAGGAAGUUGGGGUUGCUGUAGAGCAUCUCUCCAGCAAUCCCUACUGAAUUCCAACAUAGGCUCCAAGUUUUCCAGCAAAUAAGACGCUGAAAUAUUUUGUACUCACUCAU